CAAGAAGUUCUAUGUUCAUGACUCCAGGAGUGAGUCUUCCAGCCACAAUGGAGCUACCUUUGGGCUUCCAAUUUGAAGAAUCAGUUUUCGAAGGUGGCUGCCGAGAGAAAAAAGCUCUCCUGACUUCUUCCCUUGCCUCCAGCUAUUCUGCAAGAUGCUGUGAGCCAGAGUGGUUUUGCGAGGAAACGAACAGCGAAGACGAUGCUGAAAAUGUCAAUAUAAAAAAAUUCAGAGGGGAUUUGGCCUAUCAGCGACAAGAAUUUGAGAAGGCUCUAUGUGAAUAUUCUGGCUGCUUGAAACUACUUCCUUCCAGCAAUCUUGCCAUGAGAAGAGACGUAUUGGAGAGCCAGGCUCGCUGCUUGUCUUGUCUGGGGAGACACAAGGAAGCCUUGGAGGUUGCAGAAACCCUGAGAAGCAAAGCAACAAAUACUGACCAGAUAGCCGCCAUCCUUUGCCUGCAGCUGGCCAUUUACCGCAGUCUAGAGCACACCGAAAGCAUAAUCGGGUGCCUCCAGCAACUCAUUACGUUACACCCUUUCCACCCGAGGCACUGGAAGCUGCUUGCCGAGGCUUACAUGAGCCUUUUGCAGUCUCCAUCCACGGCAGAAGCUGAUUUCUUGCAAUCUGACAGCUCAGCUGCAGAUAGGAGUUUUCUCCAGGUUUUGCCAAAUGAAGCCAACAUCCUGCUCUGCAAAAAUCACAGCUGGAGAAAGGAUGCCUCUCUGCCUUUUACUCCAGAAAGAGAUGGCAGAUGUGCAUCUUGUGAAGAAAGCCAAACUGUACAAGGACCUAUGACUGCUCUGGGAAAAUCAGAGGCACAGCAUGCAAUGAAGAAAACUCUGUGUUCUUCCAUGGGACAGGAAGGCUCCCAAAACAUUGGGAUAUAUUCGUGUGCUGCUUUCAUUAGAGCAAGGCUCUUGUUUCAGCUCCUACAGUCGAACCAAUCUUCCUUUGCUUUAGAGAGAAACCUAAAAGCACAGCAGGAAAUUGAAGACAAAGUAGCGUCCUUUGGGUUAAAGGAAGAUGUCUUGUCCUUGAUAACUGAGAUGAUGGGAGAGGAUAUUGUUCCUGAAAAGCUGAAGGAGGAUGCCCAGGGAGAGGUGAAGUGCCUGGGUGCUUCGGCCUUGAUGGCCUUCUUGACUCCGUCAACUGUGGAAUUUGAAGAAAAGUGGUUCCAAAAACUCAGAGAUUCCUUCUCUCACAUGGAGCACCACAUAUGACACCAAAUGGCUGUAUUGUGAUUGUUCUGUUUUUCUUUUUCUCUUGGCUUUCCAAUGCUCUCCAGGGAAAGACUUAUUUUAAGUUCAUCCCAUCUGAACCUGAGUUUCCUUUUCCCAGUGUGUGUCUGUUCCGUUCACCCCAGAGUGCCUUGGCCAAGGGAGCAACUGGGGAAUUUCUUUGGACACGGAGCUUGGCAAAAGACCAAUAUUUCCCUCAUUAGGACUUGUGUCCAUUUGUUUUUGUUGUCCUCGGCACAACAGACCUUUUAUGAAUGGCAAGAUGCCCAGGGUUAAGAGGUGAUGAAUGUCUGUCCUUGCUGUCUUUCAGCUUUGCUUUUGAUCUUUCCAGCCAACCCCAUUGUCUCUUGGGAGAGGUGACGAAAAGGGGUUGUUUUUUUUUUGUAAUAAAGUAAACACAUCCUUUCUAUACAACCUCAGGUACUUUCAUAACCUUCAAAGCAUUCAUUCCAUAAAAUUGACUGUCCUAGUAAAGUCAGACAAAACUAGACUUAAUGUCAGGGAAAAACCUUACCUUUACUUAAGAAGGGAAUUCAAUUUGUAAUUAUUGUCUGACCAUAUAGUACUUUUAAAAUACCAUACAUAAUAUUUAAUUUCAUGGCAAAAAGUACAAUGGUAUCAUAUAAUGUAUGCAAUGCACCUUAUGUUCCUAAAGUAACAAAGUUGUUUUCAAUUUUUAAAAGAUAAUGGCUAUGAUGCUGUAUCACAAUCUACCUUGCAUAAAUUUGUGCAUAUAUAGCCAAGAAUGGCAAAGAUAUGUAUUACGACAGUGGCAAGCUCUACUAGUGCCAAGUGGCACUUUCUAGUUGGUGCAUUGGGAAUACAAAAUACACAACAAUGUUCAAUGCACAGUAAUUACUUCACUGCAACCCUUUGCAAAACUCAAUUCUGAUUCCUGCAGUUUGAAGUCCACUUACAUAGAUAUGUCCCAUAUUGAUAUUCAGCUACUCACAUGACCUUCUUUCAAUUUUUCUGAAAAUUUCUCUUUGUACCAGAAAUUUUAUACCUCCUGAUUUGAGCAUUUCAUCUGUGAUCUUACCUAUUUGUAUAGUUUAAUAAUGAGUUUGAAUGCAGUCUCAAGAUCAAGUAGGUUGCCUUUUGUUUUCAAUUAAUGAAAUAGAACGGUCUGUUUUGCACUGUACUAGUUUUGCACUAGGUUUUUGUAUCAUAAAUCCCUCUGCAUCAUGAAUAAAAUAUUCUUCGUUAUAUAACUUA